GAAAACAUCUCCUCUCUGCUGCACACACCGGGGACUUCGCUCAAAAACUAAGCCAGAACCAGGAAACGGAGCCCCACGGAACCUCUUUGUGGACUCUGACAUUUUAAUAUUUGCAGAACACCUAUGAUACCGGUGUUCUGGUGUCCUGCGCCGCACAUGGAGCGGAAAUAAACACCGGAUACGAACCUAGGCUUCCGCUGAGGAGGACCGAGCCGAUGUUCCCAUGGAGGUGAAAGGAAAAAACAGCAUGUAGCAGGUUGCAGUGCCGCUGGCCAUGAAGAAGCGAGCAAAGAGGGAGCUGAAAGAGGAGGAGGAGAAGGAGGAAGUGUUGUGCUGCUGCGAGUAUGUGAACAGACACGGGGAGCGCAGCCACGUCGCAGCCUGCUGCUGCGACUGUGAGGACCUGGACGACGCCUGUGACAGGUUUCUAAAGAGAGAGCCUCAGAAACCGGAAUCGCUGUCGCAUGUAUCUGCAGUCGUCUCCGACCGGAUUCGUGUACCCUGGUUUUGGGGCGGAGCCCGUAAACUGGAUCUGUCCAUCGUUCCUCCUCUCGUCCUCCUUCCUGCCCUGCUUCACCUCGCUGCUUUCCACUUUCUGCUCGGUGUGCUGGUUCUGACGGCUCUGCCUGGCCUUGUGUUGUGGUACUACUUCUUCACCCACCGCAAGAAGGGACGAACACUCUUCUUCCUCAGCCUGGCCCUCUUCUCCUUGGGGUACAUGUAUUACCUGUUCGUCUCAGAGGUGUUUCCACGUGGGGAUGUUGGUCAGGGUGAGCUGGCGGCUGUGAGUGUAGGGGUCAGCCUCACCCUGCUGACCCUUAUCUACACCAAGAGAGAUCCUGGGAUUGUUCGGCUGGAUCAACAGGCCGUCCACAGCACGGUGACAUAUUACAGCACCCUGCCAGACAAAGACUCUUCUUUCAAUGGGGGGAUGCAGGAAGUAUCAAUGACAGCAGUCCAGCGGAUCGGAUCCUCGGAGCAAGAAGGGUUGGAGUUGAAGGAAAGUGGCCGCAGGAACUGGUGUUCAGUGUGCAGGGUUGUGCGGCCGCCAAGGGCAGGACAUUGUCGGAUCUGUGGUGUCUGCGUGCUUCGUCUGGACCACCAUUGUGUCUGGAUAAACAACUGUGUGGGCCAGGCCAAUCACGUAAGCUUCCUGCUCACUCUCGUCUUCUUCCUGCUGACGUCCCUGUACGGCAUUGGCCUGGUGCUGCGGAGUGUGUGUCCCCAGCAGAACGUCCUCAUUGCCUUACUCUACUGCCCUGGAGUUUACACCCACUACAGCUCUGCUCUCUGCUUCACCUGCGCAUGGUACUGCAGCAUUGUGACCGGUGGUCUCCUGCAUCUCCUUCUAGUGCAAAUUAUAAAUAUCAGCUAUAAUGUGACAGAGCGGGAAGCCCGAGUCGCACUGAGGGAGAAAACCGCCCGCAGCGCCUGCUGGGGACUCGUCGUGGACACCGGCGUUUACUCUCGAGGUCUUUGGAGCAACUGGUCUGAGUUCAUGUCCAUGAGAGACAAACUGAGACUUUCAUCUCCAACAGACCUGGUGUGAGACACAAUAUAGGGGUGGUAAAAACAGCUUCUGACCAUCAGGUGGCAGCAUUGCCACUUCAUCCACAGUAGGUUUGCUUUCAGUCUCAAGCAGAGUCAGCAUUGCUUAGAGGUGUUUCUGCAGCUCUGGAGUUGCUCUUUGACAUUUAGCGAUAACUACUUCACAUCUCGAUGUUGUGAAUUCACCGCCAUUACAGUGACUGACACCUGGGACCUCAUCUAUGCAGCCGAAUCCACCCAUGGCAUCUUAGUCACACACACAACCAUCACUGCGAAUGUCUUCCUUCGGACUUGGACUCUCAGCUACAUUCCAGUGCCUCGGUACACAAUUGGAAGGAAGUUAAACUCUCACGAAGAAAUAGGACAGUUUCAGAAAUAUUCUUCUGGAUUUUCUGUUACAGAUCAAGAUGCAAAAUGUGGAAAAAUGGGCAAUUCUGAUGAGACCAUAAUUAAACCCUUUUCUCUACAUCCAAAAUGCUAUUUGUGUUAAAGUCCAGGGACAGCUCAGGGAAGAAAAUUUGUUGGGGGCCUAGGGCAAUGUUCAUCUUCCAGCCUUAACCACAGUGAAAUGGUUUCAGUCAAAGCAUAAUAAUGAGCCAGAAUGGCCCAGUCAAAGUUCAGAACUGCAUUCAGUUUGUAUAACUUGUCAUGUUUCAUUUUUCUUCCAUUUCACAAUUGUAUAGCAGGUGUUUGUUUCUGACAUAAAAUCCUAAUCCUUUACUUUGAAGUUUGAGAAUUUUCUAACAUAACCACUUGAAAAACUUUAAUCAUCUUUGUGAGACUCUGCACCUCAUUUAUCUUUCUCAAACACUGAUACCACUUGUCUCCACUUUGCCUUGCAGAUUGCAUCUUAGGUUUUCAUAUCAGACAAAUGAAAUGUCUUGGCACAAGACUAAUUUAGGUACUGUGGUAGAUGAUUACAUUUGUAUAAUUUAAGCUACUUUGUAUUACGUUGUUGUCUCAAUUCCGCAUGAAAGCACUAUAAUAUAUUCGCUCAAAUGCACAACUGUCAGCUUGAGUCUGGGGAAGUUUUUUUUUGUAACUUUCCACUUUUACUACGCUUUAGUUUCUAAUAAAAUAUAAACUCUUUUGUAUUUAAAUAAUUUCUCUGUUGUACAUCUUUGGAUUUUGAAUGGAUUUUAUUUAUUUUAUUAAAUGAAAGUGAGAAAUGA